UUGGUACAACUGUAAUCGUAAUUUGAUGUUUACCUCCCUACUUCACAAAUAUCAGUGUAUGCGGUUUUUAAAUGCCGCGAUCUAAGUAAGAUUUAUUGACUAUUUUCAAAAAAAAGUGUUCUUUUAUAUAAAUUUACACAUUUGAAUCAAGUACAAAUUGUUGUGAGAGACUGACGAGUUUAAGGUUGAACAAAAUUGGAAUGUUUUUGGUGUUUGACAUCUGUCAUAGAAAGUAGGGGCGUAUCAGUUGCGAAGGAAUUUGAGAACUUUGUGGAUUAUUGAACAUUUCUAAGACCGAGUAAAUAACUCCAGAGUGCCUUUCAUUUAAAGAAAUUGUGAAUUUAUUGUGUCUUGAUCAUCAUUGAAGGUAAGGAGCAGUGCAGCUAGUGACACUCUAGAAAGUCCAUGAAAAAAGACGAAGAACAGUGCCAGCGUCAACGGAUUACCUCAGUAUUCUCCGAACUAUCAGCAGCAACGCAUCAGCGGCGGCGGCUCAUCUUACGCGACCCUUGUUAAGACAGCGGGGUCGUUGGGGGCUAUCUCUGCUCCCAUGGCAACGCAACACCAGAGCGCAAGUGGCUACCGCCAGUGGGGCGGCGUCGGUGGAGGACACCAGCACGCAGCAGCUGCUCAUUCUUCUUCGCCACCUUACUACCGGUAUCCACAGCCUAGCCAACUGCACCAACCUAACCAUAUACCCGCCUACGCGGCGGCCAACGCUUAUAACUCUAAUUCGUAUGAUAACCGAGUGCCAACAGCAAGUAGUCCGUCUAAAUCGAACGCAAGUAGCACGGGAUCUCACAGUAGCCAAAACGGUACCAUUUCUAAUAGCCAGCUGAGCAACACUAUGGCCAACACGAACUCGUCCAGUAACAAUUCGACGGCUGGUUCCGAACAGCUCUCCAAGACCAACCUGUAUAUCCGAGGUCUGCCUGGAACGACAACGGACAAGGAUCUAGUCAUUAUGUGCCAAACUUUUGGUACAAUAAUUUCUACGAAGGCUAUUUUAGACAAGAAUACGAAUAAAUGUAAAGGUUAUGGAUUUGUGGACUUUGACAGCCCUGCAGCUGCCGAGGGGGCGGUUAAGGCACUGACCGCCAAAAAUAUACAGGCGCAAAUGGCCAAAGUGGGUAUCCAUAAUUCUCAACGUAGACAACCCUAUCAACAAGAACAAGAUCCGACAAACUUGUACAUCGCAAAUUUACCUCCUCACUUCAAAGAAGCAGAUUUGGACGGACUUCUUAGCCAAUAUGGCAGCGUCAUUUCCACCAGGAUUCUUAGAGAUUCAGCUGGAAUUUCCAAGGGGGUGGGAUUCGCCAGAAUGGAAAACAAGGAGAAAUGCGAAAAGAUCAUCCAAUACUUCAACGGCAAAACAAUACAGGGCUGCAAGGAGCCCCUGCUGGUCAAAUUUGCUGAUGGAGGAAACAAGAAGAAGAUCUAUAAGAACAACGAGAACUCCAAGAUGUGGCGCGAUGGAACAGAGGGUCUUUCAACUGUCGGCUACGACCAUUCCAUCUCGACAAACGGAGUAGCUACGACCCACAUGAUGCCGGCAAUUUCCAGCUACAAUAGGUCUUACGCCCCGUUCGCCGCAGGUUUCGCAGGACCUCCUCCAUGGGUUCAGGGUUACGUGCUGCCCUCUAUGCACACGGUCGACGAUACCUAUUCGCUGCCAGGACACUUGACCGCUCCUUACAAGAACGAUGGGCAGGGACCCAGAAACAUUCCUGUUAUGCUACCAUCACCUGAAUCCAUGCCAUACGGGAUGAACAUGAUGUCAUCUUUGUCUGCCCAAAUGAGUGCAAUGCACAUUGGUACCUCACCUUUCAUGUCUCAGUACCAAUUUUAUCCAUCAAUGAUACAAGCAGUGCCCAUGACAGAUUCAGAGAAUACACCAAAUGCUGCUAGUCCGGAAGAUCCAUACCAAGCUUAUCAACCAGCACAACCAAAGUAGAAACAAAAUAAGUUAAAGUAAGGAACGGAAAAAUUUCUUGGAAUGUGUUUGUGGACAGUUAUGAUUUUAUUUAUUUCUAAUGAAACUUCGGGAAUUUUUUCGAACCCUUUUCUACCUUAGAUUUGAAGGAAUCGAUUGGUUAGUUAGUUUAACCAGAACCUUUAUUUGAUAAGAGGAACUUCUUAUCGGAAUAGUUUAUUUAUUGAUGAAAAUUCUCCUUCAACUCUAUUGCUCAGAAAUUGGUCGCAAUCUGAAGUAUUUCUUUCAAACUAAAGUUUUGCGCAUGAAGCAUAAUUCUAAGUUUAUAAAAUUGAAAAUGUUUAAAAGAUUUUUGAAUGUAGUUUGUAGGGAUUAGAAAGGGAGAAACAUCCCUUGGUUAAUUUAUAGAAUAACUUAAAAAGGAAUAUUCCUUUUAUAUUGAUUUAUCUGUCAGUUAAUAUUUGUUCGUCUUGGUUUGAAAUAGUUUCAAGAAAUCUAUAAAUGACUGAAUAUAAGUGUAAAGUAGGUAUUUUUGAUACAGUAUGUUCCUAGAUACAAAAUUGUAUUGAAAAUCCAUCAAAUAUCACAGAUUGUCUGUGUAAGAAAGCCAAAUUCGAAGUUUUCUAUUUCGUUACAUUUUUUGCUUGACAAAAUGUGAGUGUAAAUAUGUUGAACCAGACUGCGAGUUUCUUACAUAGAUAGACAUUCUUCAAAAUAGUGCUGCUCUUCAACAUCACAAACCCGGUGUUUAAUAAACUUUUUACCAUUUUUAUUAAUUUGCUGAGGAAUAGACAGGCGAUUGGUGAAUUUGUUUUUGGUGUGGAGAAUUCAGUUGAAUAUUUAUCAUUCAUUGAGAUUAAUGGUGUUUUUGAGUAACGAACACUUAUUGUCGUGUCUCUCUUGUGACUGCAGUUAUCAAAUCUGUGGUGAGUAACUAAUUUAAAGAAAUACAUAAAUAUUCUUGUGUUUUUUCACGGUUUAUUAACUAUUGUGAUGUGAAAGAACAGCACAUAUUAUGUAGAAUAGAUAAAUGUAGAUAGUAUUGAAAAAGUAAUAGAACACUUGACGCCGUGAUGAGUAAGAUCAUUCGAAAAGCAACUAUGAAGAUGGCGAAGCAACUGAUGAAAUAUGAUCUUCCCGCCGCUAGGCAUAGCAUAGGUAAAUUAAGUAAUUUUAUUUUUUGAUGAAGAUCUUACAUAGGUAGUUGUAUAUUCAUGAUGAGAUUAUAAUGCUCAUAACAAAUCAAAGGAAACUUCCCCGUCUUAAUAACAACAAAAAUGUGGUAAGAAUAAAAUUGGAAGAUUGAAAGGAAGGGACAUUUCUCUUCGGACAAGUUGAUUUCUGUUCAUUCAAUUUACAGAUUUGGGGCUCCCAAAUUUUUGAAUAACUCACGAAUAGCAACCAUGAAUACAUAAAUUCAAAUAUAAAAAAAAACUUUUUUAAUAUGUUACUUUCUAUACGACAAAAUGAAAUCAAUACGAUGUAAACAAUUUUGAAUUGACACUUCGAUACAAUUUUAUUCUACCACCCUAAAUAUUAAAACUUCCAAAUUGUCAUCUAAUAUUGAACAUUAUUUUUUGUCUGUUCCAAAAUAGUGUCAAAUCGGUGUGUAUGUUUGUCACAUUUCAUUUUAUGCUCGUGUUAAUUCUUAGGCUGCUGUUUCAAAUAGAAAAGACUCAAUCGUUAUGUCCGAAGGUUUUAGCAAAUAUUCUAAUAACGAGUUUUCAGAUAUAAUUUUUUUCAUUGGCAAUGGUACAUAGAUCAGCUCCUUGGGUUUCGAUGAUGAGUCUUUUCCAUUGUUACUGCGGCCCAACUUCAACUUAUGUUUAUUUUGUGUUCUGUCACUUGUUCGAAAAUAGAAUCUGAUUUCUUUUCCUUGUCAAUCAAAAAAUUGAACUACUGAAAACACUGAUAUGACAAUAUUGAUAUUUUCAGAUGGGUAGUUUUUGUUCUUUUCAGAAACUGAUAUCAAAUGUGAAUAAUACGCUGUCAAAGAGUCAACAUAUGUCCAAAGCGUUCAGAAUACAGGGUGAUGUGAAAAUUGAAAGCCAAAUUUUCGUAUCAGAUUUUUGAACCAAAAAGAAGGCGUAAAGAUUCACGAAAUCUCAUCCUAUAUCAAGAUUCUGCAAGUAUGGGUCAAUUCGAUAUUUUUCUCAUCAUUAAGAUUUGAGGAAAAAUUGAAAUAAUUGAAUUGCCUCAUCUUGUGGCAUAUCUCAGCUGGACUUAGAGAUUGAGAAAAAUUGAAAAUAUUCACACCUUUAAGUGCUAUGUAAAAAAGACUUGCUAUCUUUAUGGGUUGAGGAACCACCCUUGAAAUUUGGGAGUCCACUUUUCCUUUGUUAGCAUAGGACAAGCCAAAUUUUUCGAUAUUACUUGAUUUUUAAAAUUUUGGAUGUAUGUUAUUCUCACCAAAAAUAAAGACCAGCCUUAUUUUUUUCAAAGCUCCAGGUGGUUACUACACUCGUGACAAUUGUACUUCAAUUUGAUCUCAAAAUCGAAAUAACGCUCUGAAAAGUAAGAAAACUGCUAGCCAUGUCAUCGUCUAGGUUGAUUUGUUAGAUUUUUUCAUUGAUUCACAUUCCACUCCACCGUUGUCCUUUUAAUUAGUUGUCAUUUGUCGAAUUUGUUUUCAUUUACAAAAGUUUCCCUCCCUAUUUGUACAGUUAUUGUAUAGUGCAAUUUUGUUUUUGUUUUUCUAGAUUUAUUUAUUGAAAGAUAUAUCAGAUGGGAUUCUUUUUUAAAUGGAUUUAAUCAAACUUUCUUUUCGAAGUCGAAUGGUACUGGGGUACCGGUUGUAAGAACUGUGAUUUUGAAUUAUUAAGUCAUUUAAUUUGUAUAGUCGUAUCUAAGGGAAGUUGUAAUAUAAUCGGCAAGUAUUCAUACUGGAGUGUCACUAUUAUCUUGCAAAGGCAAAACGAAGCCUGCGAAAUGGAUAAGGGCUACCUGGUCAUUAAAUAUUUAAUAUUCUAGAUAAUUUAUUGACAGAAAAAUAUUCAUAUACAUACAAGAAUAAUAUUUAAUAUAUUUAUUGCGCAAUAGUUUUUUUUUGUAAAUAGGUUCAUAAAUUUUUAGAUUGUUGUUUGUACACAUGUUUUAAAGCUACAUUUUCCUUUAGUGUGUUUCGAUUGAAUCUAAAAUAUUAAAUGACAUCUAAGGACCGGGUUUUUUGAAAUGUGGACAUUAUUAGAACUCGUGCCUUUUCAGAUUGUCCGUUGACAGGGAUAUACUGAAAAAUAUUUUAAUAUAUUUUUUUAUCUCGAUGUUUUCCAGAGGAACCGUAAACAAGUUUUCAACUUUUGGAGUUUCUGUGUUGUAGACAAAUGUGUGUUUUCUUAAAUGUAUGCUUUUAUCCCAUAGACGUCUCUUGAAAGUUCAAAACCAUGAAUCCGUUUCUCGUAUUACAUCACGAUUUUACAGCAGACGAUUAAUUCUGGACAGUUGAACAAAAAAAUGUAUAAUAUGGAUAUCGAUUUGUAUUGAGAGAAUGAAUGUAUAUUGCAAACACUACUGAAUCGCUCAAUGAUUUUUGCUGUUUAACAUAUGUAAAAAUUCUUGUUGAUAACAAAAUCAUUUUAUUUUUUGGAGGAGUCCCAAUAAAUGGGUCAGAUAUUUUAUAGAUGGUAUACGUGAUAUCGAUUAGUUACAGAUCUAUUUCGACACUAUACUAAUCCUACUUUUAUAUUUUCUUGUAUUUCUUCUUUCUAAUUUUUAUUUCUUAGUCUUUUGAAUUGAUAUUUUAAAAAUUUAUACAUUUUUAUUGCUUUUCAUGAUUCUUUCAUUACUUUUACUGUAUUUAAUAUUGAUAGCCCAUGGUUUUUUAUUUUUCUUUGAGAUGUCGUAUCAAAGGUUAGAGUUUAUCUUGAAGAGGCACGUUAUAUCCCCUGCUAUUGCAGUUGUGUCUUAUCAAGCUCUUGGUCCAAAUUGAUUUGUGUCAUAGGAGUUAAAUGACUAUGUGGUUUACCACGGUUAGUUAUCACCAACAUGUGAGAAAGCAUGUUUUAAUGGCGAUUUAAUAGGGAAUUGCAAACAACUUGAAUUUAUUCUCUGUUCUGAACAGCAUUUUUUUCAAAACUAUCUAAGGAGAACAUUUUUGAAUAAAUUUCCCAAAAAUGAAAAUUAAUCAAAUGGUGUGAGGUAAUAUUUCCAAACUGAUUCUUUUUUGAAUUGAACCGAAUGUUUGGACUACUUCAGAAGAAUGUUUAAAGCUAGCAAAUGCUCACAAAAUACUUAAUUAUUGAUUCUCCAUAUUUCAUGAUUGAAUACACAAAUGUAUGAAAAUGGAGCAAGUUUUUCUGCAACCUUUAUAAUGCAAUAGAAACUGACACCACAUUGAAUGUUUUCAUUGGUUUCUUAUCAUCAAAAGUUGAUUGCAGAAAAGUAAAAUUAACCAUUCAAUAGUUCAUCGCAUAAUAUUCCAUCAAAAUUGACUUUGGUAAGCCCGAUACAAGGAAAACAAUAAUUUUAUAUUUUUAUAAAGGAAAUGUCUGAAUAGCUAAAACCAAAAAUUAUAUGGACAACAUUCGAAGAUAUAAAAUUUUACAUGUAACUGAUAAAACUCGGUUUAUUUUCGUAUACCACGAAGGUAUCGCAUAGUUUUAGACCUAUUAUUAUCGAAAAACGACUACCUAUAGGUGUAGAUUGGGAACAGUUCCAAUAUUUGUAAAAAGUAUGCGCAUAGCCGCAUUUAAUUUAAGAAUAGCUUUCAGAUUAGUGCUUAGUGCAGUAUGUUAAAUUAUAGAGUAGUAAAAACAAGCGAUAUUUUAGAAAACCUAGAAUAGAUUUAGUUCUUAAGAUGAAUGAAAUAAAAAUUGACUAGAUUUUGUUUGGGAUGGUAGUUAAAUGUUAUAUAUAGAUAUAUUGAGCUGAUAUUUAGAGUUUCCGAUAACAAUGAAGGGACCUCUAGUUAUGGCAGUGUUAUAGUCAGUGCGACCCUUACAAACUCUAGUUAAUGUAAAAAAUGCAGAAAGUUUAGAUAAUAAGUCAAUGUUUUUUAUUGUUGUUUAAGUUAAAUGAAAGAUAUGUUUGUUUGAUUUCUUUUUUAUUGUAAGUCCCAUUGUGUUGGAAAUACAUUGUAUUUGUCCAC